UACAUGUGCAGAGAAGGGAAAACGCUGAUAAAAUUGUAAUUUAUAGGAAACUGUUCAUUUAUGUGAUUUACAAAAGGAUUUUUCCUUUUUUCCAUCGUUAUAGAUAGCGCACACGUACUAAUUGUUCAAUUUCUCGCGAGGAAGCCGACAACAUCGCAGAAAAUAUUUGUGGUCGCCAUUUUCCAGAAAGGAAAUGCCAACUAUGGCCCAAAUCACAGACACAACAGGUUUGGCCGAGUUGGCCCAUCAGGAGUACCAGGCCGGGGACUAUGACAACUCAGAACAACACUGCAUGCAGCUGUGGAGGCAGGAGCCAGAAAACACGGGGGUUCUACUGCUCCUCAGCUCCAUACACUUCCAGUGUAGGCGCCUAGAAAGGUCAGCAUACUUCAGCCAGCUUGCCAUCAAACAAAACCCCAUGCUAGCGGAGGCGUACUCCAAUCUAGGAAAUGUGUUCAAGGAGCGAGGACAACUACAGGAAGCUCUAGAGAAUUACCGGCACGCCGUCAGACUAAAGCCGGACUUCAUAGAUGGUUACAUCAACCUGGCAGCCGCCCUGGUAGCCGCCGGAGACAUGGAGCAAGCCGUACAGGCUUACGUCACAGCGCUACAGUACAACCCAGAUCUCUACUGUGUGCGGAGUGACUUGGGAAAUCUGCUGAAAGCUUUGGGAAGACUGGACGAGGCAAAGACUUGUUAUUUAAAAGCUAUCGAGACACAGCCAAAUUUUGCUGUGGCCUGGAGUAACUUGGGGUGUGUGUUCAAUGCACAAGGAGAAAUCUGGUUAGCAAUCCAUCACUUUGAAAAGGCUGUUGCUCUAGAUCCCAACUUUCUGGAUGCGUAUAUAAACCUAGGCAAUGUGUUAAAAGAAGCCAGAAUAUUUGACAGAGCUGUAGCAGCUUACCUGCGGGCCCUGAAUCUGAGUCCCAAUCAUGCCGUGGUACACGGAAACCUGGCUUGUGUAUACUAUGAACAGGGAUUGAUUGACCUUGCCAUAGACACCUACAAACGUGCCAUAGAACUUCAGCCAAACUUCCCAGAUGCCUACUGUAAUCUUGCUAAUGCACUGAAGGAGAAGGGCAAGGUGGUGGAGGCUGAGGAGUGCUAUAACACGGCCCUAAAGCUGAGUCCUACACAUGCCGACUCCCUGAACAAUCUGGCCAACAUCAAGAGAGAGCAGGGCAACACAGAGGAAGCUGUCAGACUGUACCUCAAAGCACUAGAGGUAUAUCCUGAGUUUGCUGUAGCCCAUUCCAAUCUGGCCAGUGUCUUACAACAGCAGGGCAAACUCCAUGAGGCCCUCAUGCAUUACAAAGAGGCCAUCAGGAUCUCCCCCACGUUUGCUGAUGCUUAUUCUAACAUGGGUAAUACCUUAAAGGAGAUGCAGGAUAUACAGGGGGCCCUGCAGUGUUACACCAGGGCCAUACAGAUUAAUCCUGCCUUCGCCGACGCCCACAGCAAUCUGGCGUCCAUCCACAAGGAUUCUGGUAACAUCCCGGAGGCCAUCGCUUCCUACAGAACAGCCCUAAAGUUGAAGCCUGAUUUUCCUGAUGCCUACUGUAACUUAGCACAUUGCCUACAGAUUGUGUGUGACUGGACGGACUACAGCUCGAGGAUGAAGCGACUCGUUCACAUUGUGAAGGAUCAGCUGGCUAAGAACCGCCUGCCCUCAGUCCACCCUCACCACAGCAUGCUCUACCCACUGUCUCACAAAAUGAGGAAGGCUAUAGCAGCCAGGCACGCUAACCUCUGUCUGGAAAAGAUCAAUGUUUUACACAAACCUCCCUAUGACCAUCCCCGGGAUCUGAAGGAACCCAAGGGAAGGCUGCGGAUUGGGUACGUCAGCUCGGACUUUGGGAACCACCCCACCUCUCAUCUGAUGCAGAGUAUCCCAGGGUUCCAUAACAGAGACAACGUAGAGAUUUUCUGCUAUUCCCUGAGUCCUGAUGAUGGAACCACCUUCCGUGCCAAGAUUAACGCUGAAGCUGAACACUGUAUAGACUUGUCCCAGAUCCCCUGUAACGGCAAGGCAGCGGACAGGAUCUAUGCUGACGGAAUCAACAUCCUGGUCAACAUGAAUGGCUACACGAAGGGAGCCAGAAACGAACUUUUCGCUCUCCGACCUGCCCCUAUACAGGUAAUGUGGUUAGGUUACCCGGGUACCAGUGGAGCUACAUUUAUGGACUACAUCCUGACAGACGAAGUGACUUCCCCCCUAAAUCUGGCUGACCAGUACUCUGAGAACCUGGCCUUUAUGGCCCACACCUUCUUUAUAGGAGACCACAUGCAAAUGUUUCCUCAUCUGAAGGAGAAACUCCUGAUUGAAGUCGACGGCAACGUGUCAGACAACAACAUAAUUCUGAAUGGAGUCAACCUGGAACCUCUGAAACAGAGCGGACAGCUCAAGACUAUAACCUACACUGCUGAGCACGGAGAGACCACGGAUAACAAUGAUGGAAGCCCCGCCCAGGUGACCUUUGACUUCAUGUCUCUCCCAGUUCAACCAAUCAUACAGACGAUGACCCAGACAGGCCUCUCCCACUCCUGUAUCAAUGAUGUCAUCAUUCAAAAUGGAGUCACCACCAACCAGACAAACAACAAAGCUGCUACAGGAGAGGAGAUUCCCCAGAACAUCAUUAUCAGCGCUCGCUCCCAGUACGGACUGCCGGAGGAUGCGGUGGUCUACUGUAACUUUAACCAGCUGUAUAAGAUUGAUCCCCAGACUCUACACAUGUGGAUAGAGAUCCUGAAGCAGGUGCCUGAUGGUGUGCUGUGGCUCCUCAGAUUCCCGGCCGUAGGGGAGACCAAUGUUCUACAGACUGCUGCUAAUGCUGGACUCUCUGCUGGACGAAUCAUAUUCUCCCCUGUGGCACCCAAGGAGGAGCAUGUAAGACGUGGACAGUUAGCUGACGUCUGUCUAGACACACCACUGUGUAACGGUCACACGACAGGCAUGGACGUCCUGUGGGCAGGAACUCCAAUGGUCACUCUAUUAGGAGAGACGUUGGCUUCCCGUGUGGCUUCCUCUCAGCUGACGACACUAGGAUGUCCUGAACUGGUAGCCAGGACAAGCGAGGAUUACAUCAGAAUCGCCUCAAAACUUGGCACAGAUAAAGCUUAUUUAAAAGCCAUGAGAGCCAAGGUGUGGAAAGCGAGGAUAGCCAGUCCACUGUUUAACUGUAAAACCUACGCCAGAAACAUGGAGGUGUUGUACAGGAAGAUGUGGCAGAAGUAUGUUAACGGAGAAGAUCCCAGUCACAUCGUGGACACGUCCAAACACCGAAUGUCCUCAUGAUCCCUCCUCAGUGUGUCCUUAUCUAGGUCACCUGUGACACUGCCCCCCAGAGCUAAUGUAAUAGUGCUGUGUAACAGACAACUAUGCCCCCCGUUACAGUGACUCCAGAUAAUAUAUACUAUACUGUAAAUUACACAUACCAUCAUUGUACGAGAUUAACCACUGUAACUGUGCAUAGAGACGAUGUAACAAGUAUUUAUUUCCUGUGUGUGUUUAUGGUGCAUGUAUCUAUUGUGUUAGGAGAGUCUGUUAACAUCUCCUUAACCUGUACAUUGAUCUGUUCUUGUUAUCAAUGGUUUUCUUGGCUUGAUUUUAGUUCUAGAUUUAAAGCAAUGAUUUUUUGAUUGCUUUUAGAAGUUAUAUUCCUAUUUUGAUUAAGAUGUGAUGAGCGAGUGAAUAAUUAUGCAUCUGAAAAUGUUGGAAAUGAUGUUUGACUAAUAUGAAAAUUCCUAAACAUAAUGUGCUGAAAUGAAAUGGCUGUCAUGUUGUUUUGAGUGAUUGUUGAAUCUUUUUUUAUGGCAAGUAAAUUUAAUAGUUAAAGCUUGUCUUCCAUUGAAAUGAUAGUAUGAUGAUGCAAAGAGAGAGAGAGAGAGAGAGAGAGAGAUUAAUGAAAUGAUGUAUGCAGGAGCCAUUGAAUAUUUUUGUUUAUGUCUGAAAAAAAAUCAUUAAACCUGAAACUGUUUUGUU